AUGGCUGACACUCUACUACAACCUGCGUCCCCGUCGCGGAAGCGGCCUGCUCCAGACGAUCUUGACAUGCCCGACAUACGAGCAACUCCUGUCAAGGACGCACCCAGCUCCCCCCAAAGCUCCAAUCUGUCCACACCGAAGUCAAUCGCCUCGCCUGAUCAGAGUCCGCUACCUCAAGGCGACACUGCCCAAACCCACUUGUCUCCCGCUCCGAGCAACCUGGCACCUACUGCAACAGCCAAUUCAUCGACUACCGGAGCGACGUCGACGAAGCGAAGACGGCUGACAACGCAGGAAAAGGAAGAAAAGGCGAAGGCACGCGAAGAAAAGAGGUUGCAGAAGGAGGAGGAGACGCGCCAGAAAGAGGAGGCUAAAAAGCUCAAAGAGGAGGCCAAGAAACUCAAAGAUGAGGAAUCGAGGAAGAAGAAGGAGGAAGCUGAGGCCAGGAAGCGUGAGAAGGAAAUGGAGAAACAGAGGAAAGCUGAGGAGCAGGAGAAGAAAGCAAAGGCUCAACCCAAGCUCAACCAAUGGUUUACCAUGAGAGGCCCCGGAAACACCACUGCUGAGCUUCCGCACAGGCGAAAAUCCGUUUCAGCCGAGCCGGGUGAACCCGCUGCCAGCCCCUCCAAGCCUCCCUCGCCUCAGAAGAAAGUCCAGUCCGAUUAUGAGCAGACGUUUCUCCCGUACGAGAAGAAGACACAUGAGAUUUUGGCUCCGCAGACGCUAUUCUGGGCAGACCGAAGCGAUGCAGACAGAGAAGCGGCCAUUGCGAGGCUGAACGGGAUGGCGGCUUCUGGCUCGGAGCACACCAAGCAGCAGGUCCUGAAUCUGCUCGAGAAGCGCGACUUCAGCACACUGCUAGGCAUUCCAGCUGCAGAACGAGGGAAGAGAGGUGUCAGGUACCCACUCGUGAGGGAUAUCGUUGCUCAACUACAAGGCUCGUCAGACCAACCUGUUGAUCUGACCGAAGAGACUUCAGAAAAGAAGAUGCGAGGCCUUCUUGAAACCCUUAAGGCUGUCCCUAUGAAGUACAUUCACUUCACUGAGGAUGUUCGGCCACCCUAUUGCGGCACGUUCACAAAGAUUCAGUCCGAUCGGGAGUCUCGGAGACUUGCAAUCAAGCCUUUCUUGAGAAGUCUACCCGAGGCUAAUUACGACUAUGACUCGGAAUGUGAAUGGGAAGAGCCCGAGGAGGGAGAGGAUUUGGACGCGGAAGAUGAGGAGGACCUUGACAGCGAUGGAGCAGAAGACCUCGAAGAUUUCCUUGAAGAUGAUGAUGAAGCGGCGCACAGUAAACGCCGUCUUAUAACAGGAGACCUAGAGCCGGUCUCUACUGGUCUUUGCUGGGAAGACAGCAAGGGAGUGUUGAGAAAGGCGGAUGGUUCUUGUGACUCUAAGAUGACGUUAUCGGAGUUUAGAAUGGGCGUUCUGCUCGAACCAAGGCCGAAGUCCAUUGAUCCUUUCUCGACAGCUUAUUGGGAGACCCAACCGCAGCCAGCAUCAAGUUCAGAAACCAAGCAUGCGUUUGGCACGAUGCAACCUCCUAGGUUGCCGCUUCACGCCCGUCCUGAGAAUGGUGCGGAUGUCAACGUCAAACUUCCUGCAAAGACAGCGAAUGGCUCUGCUGGGGUUCCGAAACCACCCAAGAGGACCAUUCCCGUAGAGCUCAUGGCGGAAUUCAAGGAUGCGAUCAAGGGAAGCGACCUGACGAAGAUCGCCUUAAUCGAGGCUCUCAAGAAGAGAUUCCCAAAGGUUCCGAAAGACGCGAUUACGAACACCCUCUCACUCGUCGCAAAGCGUGUUGGGCCCAGCGCCGCGGAGAAGCGCUGGACUCUCCUCGACACAUGA